UAUAAACUAAUCUGGGUUUUUUUUUUACUAAAAAGAUAGCUGAAUACAUUUUGGCCAAGAUUUAUGAAGAAAGAUUAUUUAUUUGCAAAAUGUUAUAAGAAAAACACUUUUUUCCAAAAUGUUUGGACUUUUUCAUUUAUAUAGCAAAAAAAAAAAAACUCCCAGUGCGAUCAAAUACCCCCACCGAAAGAAAUCUGAAUUUGUGUGGGAAAAUGGACGUAAAUUUAAUUUGGGUGCACGACCGCGCAAUUGUCAGUUAAAGCCUUAAAGGAAUGCAAAAAAUGGCCUGGUCAGGAAGGGGGGGGGGGGGUAAAUCCUCAGGAGAGCAAGGGGUUAA